GUACAGUCUGUCAGACCAGUGUUGUCCACAUCUCCAGCACCUUGUGCCCGGGAGAGGAGGUGGAUGCUGGGAAGGGAGGAGCGCAGGACACGGCGGAGCCAGGGCGUCCUCCAGAAAGGAUGAAAAAUGGAUUCCGAAGAGCAGGAGCUGCUGGCGGACUACAGAUACCGGAAUUACUCCUCGGUCAUUGAGAAAGCCUUGAGAAACUUCGAGUCCUCCACUGAAUGGGCAGAUCUGAUCUCCUCGCUCGGGAAACUCAAUAAGGCUCUGCAGAGUAAUCUCAAGUACUGCCUAUUACCAAGGAGACUGAUCAUUAGUAAGAGACUGGCACAAUGCUUGCACCCAGCUCUGCCAAGUGGGGUGCACUUAAAAGCUCUCGAGACUUAUGAAAUCAUAUUUAAGAUCAUUGGAACAAAAUGGCUGUCCAGAGACCUUUUCCUUUACAGCUCGGGUCUGUUUCCGCUGCUGUCACAUGCAGCAAUGUCUGCGAAGCCGCUGCUCCUGGGUCUCUAUGAAACGUACUUCCUACCUCUUCAGAGGUCACUGCUUCCCAGUCUCCAGGCCUUCAUAACUGGAUUACUGCCAGGCCUGGAAGAAGGAUCUGAGAUUUAUGACAGGACGGACAUUUUACUCCAGAAGCUUUCCAUGGUGGUCGGACAGGAGGUCUUCUUCAGCUCCCUGUGGGGCAGCGUCCUGGUCAGCAGCUCCAUCAGACUCCCGGCCUCCCUGUUUGUAGUCAAUCACAUCAACAGAGACCUCUCCGCUAACGCACAGGGCUACAUGUUGGGGAACGACAAGCAGCUGGCCAUAAAAUCUCUCUGCGUCUCGGUGAUGGAUUCGAAUGUCCUCGUUCAGAGGAACACGCUGGAAAUUCUGCUUUUCUUCUUCCCCUUUCACACUUGUUUGGAUUCUGGGGAUUGCCCUAUGUCACUUCAUCAGAAAGAUCUCGUUCACAUCCUGUCCUGCGCCAUCCAGACUGUGCUGAGGCGGGACAUGUCACUCAACAGAAGGCUAUUUGCCUGGCUGCUAGGAACUAAUAUAAAAGGGAGCGUUGUGGCUCCAGAGCUGAAAGCCACAUCCGGAGAAGAAGAAUAUGGUUCUGCCUUUUUUGCAAAAUACUCCAAAGAUUUUUUAGUCCAAGCACUGAUGCAGAUUUUACACCAAAAUAUCCUGUAUUCAGACACAGAACAAGGUCUCCAGGUCUAUCUGAAGCCCUUUCGCAUCCUCGUCAGUCUUCUGGACAAGCCAGAGAUAGGUCCUCCGUUGGUGGAAGUUUUGUUCCUGGAAGUGAUCCGAGCCUUUUAUGCCUACUGCAGAGAUGCCCUGGGGACGGAUAUAAAGCUGAGCUAUGGCCAGAGCGGCAGCCAGCUCAUAAGUGCAAUUAAAGAAAAUAAGAACGCCUCUGAAAUCGUGAAAACGGUCAAUCUCUUCAUCACCUCCCUCAGCUCGGACUUCCUGUGGGAUUACAUGACCGUGUGCUUCGAGCACAGCUUCAGAAAAAAUGGGGACAGCGGUGACCCCAAGUACGUGGGGCGAGCUCCUUGUGUGUCUGAGAUCUGCACUCUGCUGGUCUUCCUACUCGACGUCAUUCCUCUGGAACUCUACUCCGAAGUCCAGACCCAGUACUUACCUCAGAUGCUCAGCUACAUGGCUCAGUCUCUGUCUGAGAACACGGACGCCCUCAGCCUGCCGGAGCUGACCCAGGCGCUCAGAACUUGCUUCAAAGUCCUCAGCAAAGUGCAGAUGCCCCCCGCUUACCUCGACAUGGAGUCUGAGAGCCCAGACAGUAGUCCAUCCAAGGAGUCCCUGAAGCUAAAAGCCAACAGUGACACUGAGGUGGAGGUGGCAGAAGACCCAUUAUUCACCCCGUUAAAGUCCGAGGACAGCGGAAUUGGCCUGAGCACGUCAUCCCUGGAGUUGUCUGGAUACCUGCGCGUGCCCAAAGUGUGCCCGGAGAAGGGUGACGUCUGGAAGAAGGGAGGCAGCGUGCAGAAGACACUGCGCUGCGUACAGGACCUAGUGGCCAAUUUUGCCAGCAAGCAUCUGUUCGGGCUACAGUUGCAGACGCACAACAAUGGGGUCAGUGCCCAAGAGAAGGCAGGGCCCGGGAAGAGGAAGGGGCACUGGGAACCCAAGCAGAUCACCGUGCCGCAGUUCAAGCAGAUGCUGACGGAUUUCUUCACUCCGCGGCCUCCGUUGUCGAAACAGAUUGAACAUUCUCCAUCCCGCAUCCCAAGUAAGAGAGUCAAUAAGGGGUCAGACGAGGAGUGGGACAUUGGGCGCUUCAUCCAGAACAUGGGGCAGAUGUCUGAAGACUGCCAGGAGGCCUUUGCUGCCGCCUGUCACUUUCUGCUGGAUUGUGCCACCUUCCCCGUCUACCUUUCAGAAGAAGAGAUGGAGCAGUUGUACUCUUCUCUAUUCCAAGUGCCCGGAUCAAGCGAUGCCGGGUUCCCCCUGUGGUUCAAGUCCCUGAUGACGGUCUGCUGUUGUGUGAAGGAUUGUUACAUUCAGAACGUAGCUAUAUCUACUCUUUUAGAAGUUGUUAAUCAUUCACAGUCCCUUUCGCUGGUUAUGGAAGACAGAAUGAAACGCUCAAAGAUGUCCGACUACAGUGCAGUCUUUGGGAAGUUGCAGAUGGUCACAGUUCCACCCGUCUCUUCAGGGGUCCUCAAACUUAUUGCCGAAAAGACAGACUUCUACCCGAGAGUCGCUCACGUGUUGUGGAACCAGCUGAACAUGGAAACCAGGGAACAUCAUAUCACCUGCGUGGAGUUGUUCUACAGACUUCACUGCCUGGCACCUUCUGCCAAUAUCUGCGAAGAGAUCAUCUGCCAGACUCUGCUGAACUAUGAUAAGGUGAUCAGACUGGAGGCGCUGUUCCGGUUCUCUGUGAUUUGGCACCUGACAAGAGAGAUACAAGGCAGCCGCGUGACCUCCCAUAACAGAUCCUUUGAUAGGUCUCUUUUUGUGGUUCUGGACAGUCUGAACUGCACGGAUGGUGCCAUCAGUGCAGCGGCUCAGGGCUGGCUGGUACGUGCACUCUCUUUGAAUGAUGUCGCCCGCAUCCUAGAACCCGUCUUGUUACUUCUGCUGCAUCCUAAGACCCAGAGAACGUCCAUUCAGUGCGUUAAGCAGAAAAACUCCUCAGAAGAAAUCAGCUACUGGUGCAGACGGAAAAGAUCUUCCUUGAAAGACACGGGAGGGUGUCUAGAAUAUCCUGAGAGUAAUUCCGAUGAGAUUCUCCCUCAGUUUAAUACAGUGGACAGAGAGGCCAUCUGGGCCGAGGUGGAGAAGGAUCCCGAAAAGAUGAAAAACGAGUUGACCAAUAACAACAUUUCGGAGAGAGCUGAACCCCUCUACUCCGAGGAUGGUGAUCAGGAGGAGGACAACGAGCACACAGAAUCCGCUGACACCAGUGUCGGGCAAAGCACCAGCGAAAACACAUCUUCCUUUAACCCCAGCUCCAUAGACUCAAGUAACGAUCAUCGCUGGAGUAACAGUGACAACAUUGAUGGCCAAGGGUCUUCUAGGCCUUUCUGCCAGCCCAAUAUGUCCUGCAUGGAUGUGCCCAGGCCUGGCGCAUUAUUAAAUUUGGUACGUACAGAGUCUGAUGUUACACAGACUUCAGAGUCACUUUCUAGUGACGACGAAGCAGAUCUGGAGCUUCAGGCCAUUCGGACCUCCAAACUUUUCAAGCAGCAGAAAGAGAAAGAGGAGUUAAUUGAAGCUCUUUUUAAGCACAUCCUCCUAUACCUGCAGCCAUAUGACUCUAAGAGGGUGUUAUAUGCUUUUUCAGUGCUGGAGGCUGUCCUAAAAACCAAUCCUAAAGAGUUUAUUGAAGCUGUAGCCAGCACCAGUAUGGACACCAGCUCCACUGCACACCUCAACUUGAUAUACAACCUCCUCGCACGCCACCAAGAAGCCCUGGUUGGACAAAGUUUCUAUGGGAAGCUUCAGACUCAAUCACCAUCCAUGUGUCCCCAUUCCCUUUUGAUUGAACUUCUGACAUACCUUUGCCUAAGCUUUUUGCGUUCCUAUUAUCCAUGCUACCAGAAAGUGAGUCACAAAGACGUACUAGGCAAUCGUGAUGUCCAAGUGAAAAGCGUAGAAGUUCUCAUCAGGGUGAUGUCCCAACUGGCCUCCAUAGCCAAGAAUUCGGAAGGGAAGAACGUCGACUUCAUACACAACUUACUAGAGAGAUGCAAAGUUCAAGAGUUUGUUCUAUUGUCCUUGUCGGCCUCCAUGUACACCAGUCAGAAGAAGUACGAAUUGGUGUCUCACGGCGGCCACAGCGACAUGGCAGACGAAGGUUUGUUUGAAGAGAGCGUCAUUAAUUUUGGUCAGGACCAGAUCUGGAGCGAGCAUCCUCUUCAGAUAGAGCUCCUGAAGCUUCUUCAGGUUUUGAUUGUUCUGGAGCAUCACUUGCGGCAGCUACAAGAAGACCAGGAUUCUGCAGUAGACCUCUCCAAAGAAUGGAAUCGGGGACUGAAGUUUCAGCAGUCGAUUAACUCCAUGCAGUACGUGCAAUCACGUGCAAUAACGUCACAGGGACUUUUCGUGUCUGCAGUCGUGAGGGCGUUACGCCCCGAGUACGGCUACGGAAUGCACCCUCCAUGGGUGGCUCUGGUCACGUCAUCCCUGCCUUAUUUUGGCAAAUCUUUAGGAUUGACUGUAGCGCCUUUCGUGGCCCAGAUAUGUAAGAAUUUAGAUGAACUUGUGAAUCAAUAUGAAAAUGAAUCCGUUAAAAUAAGCACGGCUGGCAAAAGAGAGAACGUUUCCCCCGAUUACCCUCUCACCCUCUUGGAGGGACUCACCACCAUUGGCCACUUUUGCCUCUUGGAUCAUCCUGCUCAGGCAAAAAAGUCCUCCUCAUCAGAUCCGGCUAAUCUUAAGAACGCUCGUAAUGCUCUACUGGAGGAAUUACCGCGCAUUGUUAACAGCUUGUCUCUACUGUGGAGCGUCAUUACCAGACAAGAGCGGGAGAGAAGACCCUCCGAUCUCCUGGGGACAAUAAAGGGCUCCUCCUCAGUCUACUUCAAAACCACAAAAACGCUGAAGCAGAAGAUCUUGGACUUCCUGAACCCCCUGACGGCACAUCUGGGGGUGCAGCUCAUUGCGGCAGUUGCUGCUGUGUGGAAGAAGAAGAGGUUCAGCAGGGCGCAGAGUAAAGCCAAGAUUAUACCGGCGCCCAGCGAGGCGCAGCUGACCCUGGUUGACCUAGUGUGUGCUUUGAAGACUCUGAAGACUGACACUAUUUUGCAGCUUAUGAAGGAGGUGGUCAAGAAGCCUCCUCAGGUCAAAGGAGACGAGAAGGCAUCACUAGUCGAUAUACCGAUGCUUCAGUUCAGCUUUGCAUUUAUACAAAGGCUCUCGCCGUCUGAAAUGCAGGAAAACUUCCAGUCAUUGCUGAUUCUGUUGAAAGAGUCUGUCCCUUUAAAUCUGGCGCCUCCAGGAUUCUUCCUGCUCUUAAGUAUACUGAAUGACUUUGUGACCAGGACACCAAACUUGGAGAACAAGAAAGACCAAAAGGAUCUGCAGGAAGUGACUCAGAAGAUCCUGGAGGCGGUGGGGAACGUGGCAGGAUCAUCCUUGGAACAGACUAGCUGGCUGAGCAGAAAUUUGGAGGUUAAGGCUCAGCCGCAGGUGUCAAUCGAUGAAACGGAUGCUAAUGGGGAGCUGUAUGAUGAUAACGCUACCGCUCAGUCAUCCAUGGUCUCUGCGUCCGCUCCAUCGGUCUAUAGUGUCCAUGCGCUGUCGCUGCUUGCAGAGGUCCUGGCCACCCUCCUGGACAUGGUUUACAGAAGCGAUGAGAAGGAGAAAGCCGUGCCUUUAAUAUCCAGGCUCCUGUACUUUGUCUUUCCUUAUCUAAGAAAUCACAGCUCCUACAAUGCUCCCAGUUUCCGCGCCGGUGCCCAGCUCCUCAGCAGCCUCAGCGGGUACGCCUACACCAAACGAGCCUGGAAGAAGGAGGUUCUGGACUUGUACAUGGAUCCCGGCUUCUUCCAGAUGGAUACGUCCUGCGUUCACUGGAAAUCGAUCAUCGACCACCUUUUAACCCAUGAAAAGACCAUGUUUAAAGAUCUAAUGAACAUGCCCAGCAGCUCUCUGAAGCUCUACCCCAGCAGCGAGCAGAAGGCGAUGCUACUAAAACGUCAGGGCUUUGCCGUAUUCAGUGGAGAACUGGAUCAGUACCAUCUCUACCUGCCCCUGAUACAAGAGCGUUUGACAGAAAAUAUCCGCAUGGGGCAGACCCCUAUAAUGGCGGCACAGAUGUUCCUGUUUUUCCGCGUCUUGUUACUGAGAAUCUCCCCACAGCAUCUUACCUCAUUGUGGCCAAUCAUGGUGACAGAGCUGAUACACGCAUUUGUCCAACUUCAAGAUGAUCUGAUGGAGGAAGAGACCACAACAAAGAACACCAAAGCAAGUAAACAGAAGGCGGCAGCGGCUGAGAGCAAUGGCCCGGUGUAUGCCGAAAUCCAUCAGAACAGCCUCGACCUGUAUUUAUCUGCCUGCAAGUUCCUAGACACAGCGCUUUCGUUCCCCCCGGAUAAGAUGCCUCUGUUUCAGAUUUACAGAUGGGCCUUUGUCCCUGAAGUGGACACGGAGUCUUGUCCAGCAGCGGACAUGGUAGAAAAUCACCAGGAAUGUAAACCUCACGUCGUCCGCAUCCUAGAGCUCAUGAGGUUGAGGUUUGGCGAAAUCCCAGCAGAAAGUUCAAGUCUGAAGAGGACCGGGUUCCCCCUUCUCAGUCUGCGGUCCAUAUCUAAGAUCACGCAGCUCAUGCAGUUUUUUAGGACUCUCAACUUCGUAUUCAAAGCAAAGGGAAGGGGAUCUGCUCCUUCUCACGAGCCGGAUGUCUCGGUGGAAUAUCCAGUAGAAGACACUACAAGGGUCCUUAGGGAUCUCGAAGAAAACGUGGAAUCUGACUUCCUGGAGAACAUGUCAAGUUAAUAUGUCGGCAGUGUACAGAUCAUGUGACAGGUGGCGGAGCGUGGCUGCCGUCUACCAUGUGGAAUGUGAAUAGAAAGUGCAGAUAAAACCAGUAUAAAUAUACAGUAUAUAUAGGGUAUAAAAAAAAAUCCUUCCAUAGGAUAUGUCAAUGAGAUUGUAAUUAUUUUAUGUAGAAUAUUCCAAAAUAAGACAAGUUGGCUUAUAGAAUAGAACAGGCAUGCUCAACCUGCGGCCCUCCAGCUGUUGCAAAACUACAACUCCCAUCAUUCCCAGACAGCCUACAGCAGGGCAUGGUGGGAGUUGUAGUUUUACAACAGCUGGAGGGCCGCAGGUUGAGCAUCCCCGAAACAGAGAAAAACCUCUCCAUGUAAAAGGUCUAAUAUGAUGGCAGAGGAGCACAAAAUCACAGGGGAGGAAUCAUAUAAAUGGAAGGGAAAGCGGAGGCGGCCGGCCUGGUAAGAGAAUAUGGGCCGGCCGUUCUCUACCUCAAGCUCUGAAAGGAAAGUUGUAUCAGUUGUUUUACCUUGGUGGCUCUAAUUUUUCGGAGCAGCGGUGGCCAUUAGUAGAUGUCUUAUCGGUUGGGACCCUACACCAGGAACUAGAAUGAAGGGUCUGCUGUGCAGACAGCAGUGGGGCAGGGGUGGCACAGGAGAGGCACUACAGUCUCCUUAUUCUCGGUAUUAAGGCCCCAGGGUGUAUUUACAAGGGGCUCAGUCAAAAACCUAUUGUUUAUGGGGGGCUCCCAGGAGGAGAGAAGGAUCAGGCAAAUUGAAAUCUUUUUUGCCUGAUCUUUACCAAAGAUAAGCCGUUGUCACAGAUGUCUGGCAGCAGCUUCCUCUCACUGCUGAAAACACACGCAUGCUUGGCCAGAGAGGUCUGAAUCAAAGUAACCCGACAGCUAUUGAAGGUAUAUGGGGGAGUAGUCAGACCCCACCUCACUCAUCAGUUAUAGUAGUAUAUCUAAUCAAUAGAUCAACAAUGCUUUGGGUGAAAACAUCCUUUUGAAGGGAUUCUCUACCUACAUGUAUUUAAUGAAAAUAUACAAAAGAGGAGCUGUCGCCUCUCCUGACGUGCCUGAGUAAGUGGUAACAGGAGUUGGUGACAGGUCCUUUAAGACUUCCAUCACCCUUGGUUCUACUGAACCAAACUUAAAUCUGGUUUCCAAAGGAUAGGUCAUCAGAUCAGCGGGGGUCUGACACCCAGCACUAAUACUGAUCAGUACAGAACCUAUACACUGGCCGGAAGCUGAAGUACAAGGUUCUGUCCACUAUGUAGUGGUCGUGCCGGAGUACCACAGCUGGGCUCUCAAUGCAGCCUUUCAAUUUCUGUAUAGUUUCUGACACCGAUGGCUGCCCAAAACUGCUGAUUGGUGGAAGUGCCCAGUGUCGGACCCCGACAGAUCUGAUAUUAAUGACCUAUCUAGAGGAUAGGCCAUCAAUAUCUAAAGCUGGUCAGCUGACAAACUAAUGUGUCCGGAGUUCCCAACUCUCCACCGACAGAUAAUGUAUAUAUUAAUAUUUUCGUCCGAUCUUUUUGUUCUCCUUGGAGAUAAGUUGCCGCCAGAUGUGUCUGUCAGUGGGUUUUCCCACUAUCCCCGUAGCAAACACAGACAAGUUUGGCCAAGCUGAACCUGUAUGUGUAUGGACAAGACAGGAAGAGAUAGCUGUCAGACAAGCGAUCGUUCAGCCGCAGAUAUUGAAUGUGUCUCGCCAGCUCUAUCCCGGAAAACCCAUUUUAGGCUACUUUCACACUAGCGUUCGUGGCUCCGCUUGUGAGUUCCGUUUGAAGGCUCUCACAAGCGGCCCCGUCCAGCCCUAAAGCAUUCUGAGUGGAUGCGGAUCCGCUCAGAA